AUGACCACAUACACCAGUUUCCAACAGUACGACCUGCUAGAUUCCGAGGGCUACGGGUCUGCUAGUAGCCCAGAAUCGAAUCCGCGCAGUUGGAAUCAUCCAGAGAUCUAUCCACAACCUCCAAGAUCGAGGGGUAGCAGUUGCGGGAGCGUGAGCUCGGUCGAUUGUCAAAAUCGUGAGUACCAAGAGAUCGGUGCCCCGAACGGCAGCUUUCACGUGACCGCAACCGGCUUCAACUUUACCGAAUUCUACGAGGGUUAUUAUCAAGAAGGUUGCCAAAUGGGUCAUCCUAACAAUACCAGAAUCGUGAAGGAGCACGGUAAGAUGUUGUUCAGGAUGAACGAGUGCGCGGAGAACGUUUACGAGAGUGCACCAGGUCGAACAGAAUUUUCGAACGAGACACCGUCGAUCAGACAGAAUGUGGAAAUCUCUUCGAAGGAACAUAACUCGAGCAACGUGUUCGGGAAUGGCAGGUGCGAAUUUGCCCAGAAUCAGGAGAGCUACUUCGCCUCGAAGAGUUACGGUGUCCCGAAAGGUGACGGUUUUUUGGCUAGGAAUAACGGCAAUUCUUAUGGGCAACGAAGCGACAUCCUUUAUUUGGGAGCCGCGUACAGCGUGCACAGAAACGAAAACUACGUUCAGAAUAACGGCCAGAGCAAGUGCGAGUCAUCCAGGUACCAUCCAAAAAAUGAGCUUCGAGUUCCAUCGAUGGAGUACGCGGGUCAGAAGACGAAAGACGCUAUACAGAAAAUCAAAAAUGGCACUCCGGGGAUCGAGGUGCUAAGGAAGAGAAGAUUGGCGGCGAACGCGCGUGAGAGAAGAAGAAUGAACAGCCUGAACGACGCGUUUGACAGACUCAGAGACGUAGUGCCCAGCCUCGGUAACGACAGAAAACUUAGCAAGUUCGAGACCCUGCAAAUGGCGCAGACUUACAUCGCAGCAUUGUACGAGCUAUUGCAGCGGGAGUGA